AUGUUUCAAAAUUAUUUUAUUAGGAAUUCAUUGGAAAAUGUAGGCAGUUCAUUCGUGUUUAGUACACUUACAAAGCUUACUUAUAAGGUAUUUCAAGAGUAUCCAGAUCUUUAUACACUAAAUGAGUGUGUUCUUAAUGGUAUUGAUAUGAGUAAAUAUACUUUAAUACAUUGUAUUAAUUCAUAUUUACUUGAUCUUGUAGGAAUGAGAGGAUAUCUUCUUAGAAUGUGUAGUGUAUUUAUUAGUGGAUUUUGUGUUGGAAUGAGAAAUGGCACACAAUUUGCAGUUAACAAUGGAAUGAUGGGAUUAUUUUUUUCUGUAGUAAAAGAUUUUAUCAAACCUUUUUAA